UAUAGCAAUAUUAUUGAAUAAUUCGUCCAAUAAGACUUCCGCUUAAAGAGGGUGUUUAGUUAGUUCAGAUGUCGACAGAUAGCGCUGAAUGCGGAGCUAAUUCAUACAUAGGCACAAGAUACGUCUGUACACGUGAUACCUUCACAGUACGUCGGUAGUGUCGUUACGAUAGGCUUCACGGCCAUUCGAAGUACACGUGAGCUUCAAAUGAACGGAGUCUCGUUUCAUUCAGAAACUAAGAAGCCGCGGUUCUGUUAACCGCGUCUCGAAUCUGCAAGUAUAUCGUCACUCAGUGCCUCGCAAGACACGUGUUCACAUUUGACGGAUUAAAAUGACGCUUCAAGCGAUUAAAUGGGAAAAUGGCAAGCUAGAAAUACUUGAUCAAAUAUUACUACCGGCAAUGUCCCGGUAUAUCUCUGUCAGAGGUGUGGAGGAUGGUUGGAAAGUCAUCAAUAAUAUGCAGGUUCGAGGUGCCCCAGCUAUUGCUAUUGUGGGUUGUUUAAGUUUGGCAACAGAGAUCAAGAAUGAGAAAUAUAUUGACAAGAAGAGUCUUCGACAAGAUGUUGAAGGCAAAUUAAAUUACUUGGUCUCUGCUAGACCAACAGCAGUAAAUAUGAAAAUAGCGGCCGAUGAAUUAAUUCAACUGGCUAAUAAACUCAGUAAAGAUGAGACUGUUAAUGUAAUAGAAAUGCAAGAAAGGUUUAUCAAAGCCAUAGAAGCUAUGUUAGAAAAGGAUAUUGCAGAUAACAAAGCUAUUGGAGAUUAUGGAGCUCAAGAAAUUUUGAAAAAUGUAUCUGGGGAUAAUUUUGUCAGAAUUUUAACCCAUUGCAAUACGGGUAGCCUUGCAACAGCAGGUUAUGGCACAGCUUUAGGUGUUAUAAGAUCGCUUCACAAGAAAAAUAGUCUUGAAUUAGCAUAUUGUUCUGAAACUAGACCAUAUAAUCAAGGAGCACGAUUGACUGCAUAUGAAUUAGUAUAUGAAAAUAUUCCAGCUACUCUUAUCUGCGAUGACAUGGUGGCAGCACUUAUGAAGUCAAGAAAUAUUUCUGCUGUAGUUGUUGGUGCAGAUAGAGUUGCAGCAAAUGGUGAUACAGCUAAUAAAAUUGGAACUUAUCAAAUUGCCAUAGUUGCUAAAUAUCACAAUGUACCAUUUUACGUAGCAGCUCCCAGAACCUCUAUUGACUUCAGUAUUCCUAGUGGUGAUCAUAUUAUUAUUGAAGAAAGACCAGAAAGGGAAUUAACUCAUAUAAAUGAUCAACGAAUUGCAGCACCUGGGAUACAAUGUUGGAAUCCAGCAUUUGACGUAACUCCAGCUAACCUCAUUAAGGGCAUUAUUACAGAAGUUGGAGUUUACAGACCUCAAGAUUUAUUACAAUUAAAAACCCAUGAGAUAAACUAAAUAAACUCAUAAUUACGAGAAAAAUCUUUCUGGAUACAUUUAUACGAAUGAAUCAAUCAAUGACUUUGAUAUUAUAAAAAAUUGUUGAUACAUCUUUUUAUUUAAUAACUUCGUGUUAUAAUAAAAUUAUUGGCAGGUUACGCUUAUUUGAACACAUUAAGCUAAAUGGACGCAACAAAAUGUAUUGUGAAUAUAUGUAUUUGCGUUCGAAUAUGCCUUAUUGACUUCGCUGUGAUUUUUAUAAAUAUAUUUAUAUCUCGAACAAAUAGUUGUAUUAAUAUUAAGAGAAAGAAACGAAUAUUAUUGACUGAUGAAUAUUAAAUACAUAAUUGAAACAUU